GCCAGAGUGCUCAGCUCAGUCGCCAACGUCGCCAACCAGUGAAUUAAUUCACCUAGUGACGACUGAACUGAACUGGACGACGCGGCGUCGGGCGGAGUCGGCGGAGACGGGGACAACGAGGUAGCGCAACCUGCCGUCGGGUCGCGUACUAUUCUCAAGGAAUAGCCCGAUACUCCCGAUAGCCCCGCGUCCUAGGAACGAGAGAGAGAGAGAGAGAGAGAGAGAGAGAGAGAGAGAGAGAGGCGGACAAAACGGCAGCGGUGGCGCCGACAGCGCGUGCAGCGACUGACGCGUAGUUUGCGAACAGCUGGCCGACAGCGCGGCGAUGGACGACCUUUCGGAGUAGAGCGUGGCGCGCUCGUCUCGAAUGUCUCGAUCGACGACGGUGAUCACGGAGAUCGAUGACGUUGCGGAAAUCGGAAAUCCGUCAAAGACUCGCGGGAUCGCCGCCGCGGCGUUCCCUGAGAACGCACCAGCCGUCGCGAUCGACGGGGAUCGUUGGAGUUGAGAGUCGUCGACGAGAAAAGCGAUCUUAGAGCCCCAAACAGCCCAGGCUGCGAAUGUUUUGUUUCUCGAGCACCUAACCUACUUCACGGACACGGCGCUCGAGGGCGAUAACGCGCUCGGCGUGUGCGAGAACGUUCGUGGUCACACGCGCGAUAUCUGCGUUAUCGCCGUGAUACGAUGACUUCACCGCUCGACGCGGCCACUUCCUCGUUCCUUUGUUAGUAUCGCCCUCGCGUGCCCCGAACGUAAUCUUCGAGCGACGUACGCGUCUUCCCCGAGAGAGAGAGAGAGAGAGAGAGAGGAGAGACGCGGCGUAGUUAGUCCACGCGGCCACGACGAGGAGACAUCUCCGGAGGCAGGCACACGUGGCUCGGCACUCCGGUUGAUCCUCCUCGAUCCUCACGACGCGACCGCGAAGAUGCUCCAGCGACGAGAUCACCGCGGAAGACGUGUUUUCGCUGCGACGUACCCUGUAGAUAGCACGCAAGAUGAAUUCACUGCUGAAGAUGUCCAUAGUGGGCAACAAGAGGAACCUGUUGGUCCGGGACUCCCUGCAAAAACAGCUCAACACCAGCGUCAUGGAGAUGCAGAGUGCUCCGGGAGUUGCCGACGACGGCGUUGUCGGCAACUGCGACGAGACCAUGACCCUCUGCUCCGUUCUAGAAGCUAUAUUUCUGCACGGCUUGAAGGACAGUCUGCUGAAUCGAGUGACGGAAGCCCUCAGCGGUCCCGAUUUCGACGCUAUGCCGCAGCCGAGCUUCUGGGGUCCGCUCUUGGUAUUUUCACAUCGUCAGAUUAUAGAUCAGAUACAGACAUUGAGUCAAGUCACCACGGAAGUCGGCUACUGUCGAGCUUGGAUACGACUAGCGCUAAACGAGGGUAUGUUAGCUAGCUACUUUUGCGCUAUAAGAAGAGACAAUUCGGCCCUCAAGCCGUACUACAACCGUUCAGCCUACAUUAGGGACGUGGAUCUCGUCGAGGUUGCGCAGAGAUUAAUAGAAAACUUGGAAUACGUACGAUUCGAGUUAGCUUGCAACAGUAGCCUCUUGAACUUCUGGUCCUCCACUCCACUGCUUAUAGCUGGCAUCUGGUCUCCACCGAUGAAAUCUUGUCCCGUAUUUAGCGCUGUAGAUAUAGCGAAAACGAUAAACAGCGAAUCGACCGAUAAUUUUGAUGAAGUAGAAACUGCAAGCGGUAUUUCUAUCGGUAGUUCUAUCGGAAUAGGGUCCUUCAAUUCCUCGCAAUCUGUAUUUAAUAACGUAGCAUCUAUCACGGAAGACGAGGCGCUGAAGAUCAUUCUGGCUAAAGAAAGAUCUAAUGUUAUUCAACAAAUGCACAACGAUCCUGCGGAUGCCGUAACGAGCGGCAUGCGAGAAGAUAAUGUCACUCGACAAUUAUACAGCAGUUCUGCAGAUACUGUAAUAAAAAACGUGGAAGAAAAUGAGCGAGAGGUCAGGGAGGUACGAAAAAUGUCAAAUGGCAAUACAGAAAAUAAUACAGAUAAUAAUAUUGCUGCCGAGAUAGACGAGCCGUCGUCACGAGAUGCUCUGAAAAACAAUGAGAUCGUUAAUGAUGCUACCGCGGCCACUGUGGGAAAUUCGUUAAUAGGAAAGUUAGGAUGGUCAACGUCGUUUGAAGAUUGCCAAUCCUCUUUAACUUCGCCCGUCCCAUCCUACGGAUCAGGCGCGGACGCACCUCGCACGCCCGGCGAUGGUCCUACGUACGAUGCCCUUAUUCAAAGUUACCAAACCGCUGGAAAUAGUACGGUAGCAGAUCUGCAAGAAUUUCUAAAGAAAUAUCCAAAGAAAGAAACUAUUGAAGAGGGAUCUAAGGCUCAGCCUGAGCCAAAGGCUGUGAUAAAUUUUGAUGAGCAGCUAGGUAAUAUCCCUAGGGAAAAAGGUUUAGACGUACAAAAUUACAGUUGUCUCGAUUGCGGUUAUGCGAUUGGCAUGACCUUUUCUAAAGCGCACGUGUGCGCGUACUCCGGCGAUUACUACUGUUCAAAGUGCAUGGCAGAGGGGCAGUAUCUCAUACCGUCACGUAUGAUUCAUAAUUGGGACUUGAAACAGUACUCCGUUAGCCGAAAAGCCGCUUCGUAUCUGGAAGGCAAGCCAGUCCUGAUGGAUCUAAAAAUUUUAAAUCCAAGAAUUUACAUGGCCGUAGAUACUAUGGCACAAUUACAGUCGUUGCGAAUUCAAUUGAACCUGUUGCGAGCAUAUCUAUUCACGUGUCGCGAACCUAUUAUUGAAUCCCUACAGAAAAAGGUCGCGCCGAGAGAUUAUUUGUAUGAACAUGUUCAUCAAUAUUCCGCUUCCGAUCUUCUUGACAUACCCAAUGGAAUCCUCGCGCAACAACUUCAAAAGGUCGUUGAAUUCGCGAGGAAUCAUGUAAUAAAUUGUUGGCUCUGUAGUCAAAAAGGCUUUAUAUGCGAGGUGUGUAACGAUACAAAAGUCAUUUAUCCCUUUGAUAUGGAAUCUACAUUUCGGUGUGGAGCAUGCAAUGCCGUAUUUCAUACAGACUGUCUAAACGUCAGUAAACCAUGCCCAAAGUGUGAACGCAGACGUAAACGGAUGGAUAUGCCUCUUUUGGAUAUGGGAUGUACAGAUCUACCAAAUAGCAGUGUAUCGUCAUCUCCGAUUGAUAUGAAUUAAUAUAUCUUAUCAAUGAUUUGUUAUUAUACUGACAAUAUUUUAUCAUGUUUCAAUUUAUACAGUAUUGUUUAAAUAUUUUGUAUUUCGAAUAAUUAACUUUGCCACACGCGAUAAGUUGCGAUAUCUUCAAUUUUGAAACUGCGAAUCUCAAAAUCUAAUUUUCUCUUGUAAAUAUCUGUAUGAUGCUGCGUAUAAAAAUGUAUGAAAGUGUAUCAUAUUUUUUGUCAGUUUUUCGAACAAUAUAUUGUUGUAUAUUCUGAUUAUAUAUUCUGAUAUGAUUAAAAAAUAUUUAUAUUUCAUGGGACUGGCAACUUUCCAUAGCUGUGCAAAACACAUUAUAUAAUAGAAAUUUAAUAGACAUUUAUUAUAAUUCUAUGUACAAAAGUAGUAAAAUAUAUGAAAUCAUUUUUAUUAA